AUGGGCAGCGGAGCUGGAGAUCCUGAUGGUGAUAGUGGGCAACCCGCAGCAGUUGAAGAUGCCCGACCGGUUCCUGAGCAGGCACAAGGACAGCACGGCCGACGAACGACGCGCGGCCGCCAGGUGAGGCGGACGAGGGGGGUGCGGGGAGGAGAGGGCGCGGUGGGGAGGGGGGAGGUGGUGGGGGGAGGGCACAGUGAGAAGGGGGGAAGUUCGCGGCACUGCCCUUCGCCGUGUCGCACAUGGGAGCGUGCGGAGGAGCGCGCGGAGGAGCGCGCGGCGCUGCCCUCCGCCGCGACGAACGACGCGCGGUCGCCAGGUGAGGCGGACGACGGGGGAGGGGAGGGCACGGUGGGGAGAGGGGAGGUCGCGGGGGAGGGCGCAGUGGGGAGACGGGAAGAGUGGCAGCAGCUGGGGUUUGUGCAAGCAGGGCAGCUCGAACCGGCACCUCUCUCCCCCCUGCCUCACCCCACUCCUUCCCAUUCCCCCCCUACCCCCUGCCUGACUGCCCGAUCCGCCCCUAACCCCCUCCAGGCGGGCAGCAGCAAGCACAAGGUGCAGGCGAUCAAGGAGGUGCAGGCGAUCAAGGAGGUGCAGGCGAUCAAGGAGGUGCAGGUGGAGGAGCGAGGCAGCUGCCCUCCAAUCAUACUCGCGGUGCAGUCAAGGGGCGCUCAUGGGGGGCAAGAGGGUGGGUCGGGAACAGGGAGUGGUAGUGGGUCGGGAACAGGGAGUGGUAAUGGGUCGGGAACAGGGAGUGGUAGUGGGACAGGAGGGACAACUGAAUCUGGUAUUGGGAACGCAAGUGGAAGUGGGAUGGGGAAUGAGAGUGCGAGUGAGAAGGAUAAAGGUGCAAAUGGACGUUGGAACAGCAGCGGUAGUGGUGCUAAUACUGAGAACAGUGGUGCUGGCAGCAGUGGUGCUUGCAGCAGCAUCGAUGGAGGAAUCCAUCUGCACCGUGUGGGCAUGCGUGUGUGCACGUGUGUGUGCACGUCUGUGUGCAUCCGUAUGUGCAUGUGUGUGUGCAUCAACACGGGAGCAGUGUUGGUGGAGAAGAGGCGAAUAGCGGAGGAGGUGGCGCGCACGCUCAAGCUCACAGUGGACCUCCACAGUGACUCAGCUGCGUGA